AUGUCAUCCCUCCGGAAUCCCGAACAGUAUAUUGAAAACGCGCGCAUUGCGCCCGAAGUCUUCGAACUCCGUCCAGACUAUCGUGCCCUCCUCAUGGUCGUCACAAACAUCCCAGCCAGCCCCAGCGACGCUACGAGCGAGGCAUUCCUCUCCUCAGCGGAAACCUCAGCCAAAGCCGCUCUCUCACAAACUCCUAUCAUCGACAUCUCGCACGUCAAUGCAUGGCGCGAAACAUACAAAGCAUUCGGCGCCAAACCCAAGAAGACGAUGAAUAGCCUGGAAGCCCUGUUACGCCGUGUCGACAACGGGCUACCACGUGUCAAUCGUCUUACAGACAUCUACAACGCCAUAUCGAUCAAGCACCAAAUCCCACUCGGCGGCGAAGAUCUAGAUAAAUACCAAGGCGCACCGUUCCUGAUACGUGCAAAAGGCGACGAGAAAUUCAUCACGAAGUCAGGUGGAGAAGAAGUCACCGACCACCCAAAGCCGGGAGAGGUGGUUUGGUGCGAUGACGGUGGUGUCACGUGUCGGCUGUGGAAUUGGCGGCAGUGCGCGAGGACGGCGUUGAGUGAUGCGACUACGAAUGGGCUGUUCAUUAUGGAUGCGCUGGAGCCGAUGGACGAUGAGAAACUGGGUGCUGCGGCGGAUGAGCUGGGUAAUGAGUUGAGUAAGCUGUCGUCGAAUGUGAAGGUUUAUCGCCGGAUAGUUCGGUCUUCCUGA